CAGGACCUCCAGCCUCUGUUUGGCUUUGGGAUAUUUUAAACCGCUUGUCACCCCAGAAACUUGGAAUUGAUCUUGUUCUCUUUCUCUUUUCUUGGCUGGAUUUUUUUAUGAUACUUUGCGGAUUUAUGAUGGAGAACUAAAAUGGUGAGGAAGAAAAAGCUGCUGGUGUUUGAAAUUUGUGGAAGCAUGAUGUGGGAUGGAUAAACAACAACGAAACUCUACCAUGGCCUCUAAUGACCCUGACCUUCCUGACCCCUGUGGUGACCCCCAGCCGGGUGACCUCAUUGAGAUCUUCAGACCAGCCUAUCAGCACUGGGCUCUCUACUUAGGAGACGGUUACAUCAUCAACUUAACUCCUGUUGAUGAGAGCCAGGCAGCCGCCAUGUCCAGUGUGAAGUCCGUCUUCAGCAGGAAGGCAGUGGUGCGAAUGCAGCUGCUGAAGGAGGUGGUUGGAAGUGACUCGUACCGUGUCAACAACAAGUACGACCACAACCACACACCCCUGCCUGUCUAUGAAAUCAUCCAGCGAGCGCAAGUCCUCAUUGGCCAGGAGGUGUCUUACGACCUGCUGGGGAGCAACUGCGAGCACUUUGUUACCCUUCUGCGCUACGGGGAAGGCGUGUCCGAGCAGGCUACACGGGCCAUUGGGGCUAUCAGUUUGGUGACGGCAGCAGCCAGUGCCUUCUCUGUCCUGGGUCUGAUCAACACGCGAUCCAGAAACAGGCCUUUCUGA